GUUGCAGCCACAUUCCCAGUCCCCUCCACUUCCCUUUCUCUCCUCACAGCAGCACCUGGAGUGUGAGGAGUGGGCAGAGCCCCAGCCAGACCAGACACUCCCUCUAGACACAGAGCUGCUCCACAGGCACGAUGCGGAGCGCCCUGCUGCUGGCAGUCCUCCUGGCCUUCUGUCUGGUGUGGAGCUUCGGGGCUGUCUGUGAGGAGACACUGGAGCAGGUGGUGCCCAGCAGGGACCACAGCAAGAAGGACUUGGAUCUCUACCAUCUGCCUCCGUCAUUGCUCCGAAGACUCUACGAGGGCCGCUCAGCGUCUCUGGAUGGAUUGCUCAAAGUACUGAGCAAGGCCAGCAUGGGUGCUAAGGAACCCUCACUCCCCCAGAAGCGUGACAUGCAUGACUUCUUUGUGGGACUCAUGGGCAAGAGGACUCUUCAGCCAGACACUCCUGUGGGUGUGAACCAGGAGAAUGUCCCCAGCUUUGGGAACCUCAAGUAUCCCCCCAAUGCGGAAUGAGCACUCUGUCAGGACACCUGGGCUGCACCAUGAAGACACCUGCUGCUCUACCCAACCGUGGCACAUGCGCCCCAUUCACCCCUUCUGCGUUCUCAUAACUCUGAGCGCUGUGAUGCCGCCCUAUCUCUCUACCCUACCCUGAUGUAGAAACUGCACAUCCAGAAACUCCAACUCCAACUGGCACUCACUACAGAUCACCAUCGCGUUUCUGUAUUGUCUUAAAUAAAAAAUACAAGGUCUCACUCUGCUAUGCCUCAACAAUAAAGGACUUUUAUCUAUGA